AUGGACUUGCAGGUGCGCCGCAUUAUCAGCUUCACGGAGGACGUCGCUGUUGGGCUGAGGCCGUUCCGCGAAAGGCUUCCUGAGUACAGCGCAGAAAUAACCAACGUGAUUGCCGACCUCUAUGCCAUUAGUGCAACUCUCACAAGCCUAGAGGGCCUUGCCCGCCAGUUCCCUCGCAACUAUGGACAUGUCAUCAAACCAGACCUUGAACGGACACUGGCCAGCUUGCGAUAUACUCUUAAUGAGAUUAUAAGUUCCUUUGGGAGGAUUGAUGGGAGACCAACAGCGGACAACUAUCGACGCGUAUGGCACGAUCUUGACUCGUACUUCCACGAAGAAGAUGGAUAUUCGCUGAAAAGGCGGUUGACUAAAUACAAACUUUUCCUGCAAGAGUUGCAAGAUGUCAUGCAAAAGUAUACUUCAAACCGGCUUCUAAUUGCUUACUUGCUCAUCAAUUUUCUCAUGCUAACAUUUCCCAUCGUCGGCCCCCGUAGUAAACGUGUAGAUGCUCACUUCAUGGCCGAAUUGCGGAAGAACAUCCUGAGGCUCCUCGAAGAACAGGAUAGUCGAUUUACCGCGCAUCUAGCUAGCCUCUCGCUCAGUCCAACAGGUUCCUCUAUGAACAGUAGCAUCGUUUCGGGAAGCUCGCAGGAAGGUCAUGGCGUUGGAAAGCGUCGAUCAUAUGAACGAGCAAGACCAGGUUUUCGGCCUCACCCAGCUCCAUUGCAUUCACCGGCAUCAUCCCAUGAAGGUCCUCCUCCAUGGGUUCCUGAGGUGCCAGUCUCGCCAAUCUCGACGUCUACAACCACCCAGUCCAACAUAUCAUCGGCUAUUCUAAAUGACCACUGGGCCAAGGACGUUUUUGCCUACAAAGGUCCAGGCAUUAAAUUUCGUGUCCGUGGAGAAAGUUCCAAAUGUCUUGGAGAAGAAGUGCAACCAGAUAUCAAGGAUUGGCUUGACAAGGAAGGGUUUGACGAGGUAGCAUAUCUGCCAUUUGACGAAAACCAAGGGUCCGCUAUCUCGGUCUUCUUCUAUGUUAGAGAAGGCGAUAACCGGGUGCGGAUUUUGUCUAACAGGAUAUCAGAAAUGGUGUCGUUCUUUUGCACCUUCCUUGCUCUUCGGUCCCAAGAUAAUCAUCGGCCAGUGCAAGACAUUCGUGACUUUGAUCUCGCAGCUGAGGAAGAGAUGUUUGGCGGUCCUAUAAUAGAUGACAAUCACAUGCAUGCAUUGCGUAUAUACCGCGACCGAGUUUCCGGUGCUAUUCGCCUACAGGCAUCUAUACACGAAGGCAGCAUGAAAAGAACACCAGUAUGGACAGCUUUCAUUACCGGCUAUAUUGAUUCCUCCUACUGGAUCCGUCGGAAUAAUAGCAAAGUGUUUUUGCGCGAGCUGCACCGAGUCAUUUUUUCUCCCGAAUACAGGCCUUCUAGGACCUCUCGUGGAGAACACGUUCUGCAAUUUACUUCCGAAAGUGGUGUGUAG